AUGCUCAAAGUUAACAAACCUAGAGUUCAUCUUUUCUGCUCAUAUGGUAGUUUGUGUACAGGUGGCCUCACCGUUUUAUCUACCAAUCAGGCUUCAUUUCUGGCUUUAUCAACAGUAGAUAACAUCCCCAUUCCAGUGUUUCCAGGAUCACCGACUCAGGGUUCGCCGAUUCAUCAUUUCAGAAACGUCUCCAUUUCCUGUUUCUCCCUUGCAACGUCUUCUUCAACAUCUCUGGGAAUCCUUCGUUCUCAAAACCUUUCACCAACACAAACAGUUCCUCCAUAUUAUUUCUCACCAUACACAUCUCUGUUACCGCUAUUACUCUCCAAUCAAAAGGUUACAGAACUGUGGAUUAUCCACCGACAGUCUCUCCUCUAUCUUCUUCUAAUUCCUCCACUUCCCGCCGCUUCUCCAAAACCCUUUGAUCUCUAUCUGAACUCAUUGGCAUCCUUUCUAUCACUAACCAUCACCGUGGGCAAAAUCAUAGAGGUGCUUCCAUGGCGAAGGGUGACAAAGAUGGGUGAAGACAUAUCUGGAGGAGACGAAAUGAGGAUUAGCAAAUUGUCGUUUACUUCUAGGAGAAUGACAAUUGAAGCUGUGGAUGGCCUGCAAAAGAAAGUGUCUGGUUAUUUAAAGCUCUGCAGAGGGAACUAUCACUGA